CUUCCCAAGGACUUCAAUGUAUAGUGACUAAUGGCAAAAUUUCAUUCUUUUCAUUAUUGGAGAAACUCUAGGAGCUGAAAACUGAAUCAUGUAUAUUGAGUAACUCCAGUGUUCUUGGGGUAGCUUCAACCACAUGCCUCCCUCUGAAGAUGUGCAAACAUGUUCAGAACUUCUGUACUUUGGGGCUCUGCCUCUGCUUCAUUGUGAGCUACUUGUCACUAACUUUACUCUCUUGUUUUUUGAGGGGACAGCAACUUAGAUAGAUGUAGUCUCCCAUGGGAAGCAGACAGUGUCUGAGCAGCAAAAACUCAGAGGGAUGGAGACAUGGUUAGUACAUGAUAAUGGAUCCUGAAUUAAUGCAUAGUAUAGUAGGAAGCUAUCUUAAACCUCCAGAAAGAGUAUUUGUUCCAUCAUUUACCCAGAAUGAUGAAUCAACUCAGACUCACCACUCUGUGAACUUAGAAGUUACCUCUCCUAAAAUGCUUCAUAGUCCAAAUAGCCAAGCUCUUAUUUUAGCCUUAAAAACUCUUCAGGAAAAGAUUCAUCGUUUAGAGUUAGAAAGAACACAAGCUGAAGAUAACCUGAACAUUCUUUCCAGAGAAGCGGCACAGUAUAAAAAGGCCUUGGAGAAUGAAACAAAUGAGAGAAAUCUGGCACACCAGGAACUGAUAAAGCAGAAAAAAGAUAUAAGUAUACAAUUAAGCUCAGCCCAGUCUCGCUGUACUCUUCUAGAGAAGCAACUAGAAUAUACAAAGAGAAUGGUUCUCAACGUAGAACGAGAGAAGAAUAUGAUCCUAGAACAACAGGCCCAGCUUCAAAGGGAAAAAGAACAGGAUCAUAUGAAGCUGCAAGCAAAACUUGAAAAGCUGGAUGUCUUAGAAAAAGAAUGUUUUAAACUUACAACAACUCAGAAAACUGCCGAGGACAAGAUUAAAUAUUUAGAGGAAAAACUUAAGGAAGAAGAACAUCAGCGUAAGCUAUUUCAAGACAAAGCUUCUGAGCUUCAAACUGGACUUGAAAUCAAUAGAAUUUUAAUGUCUUCAGUAUCGAAUCCAAAAUGCUCCAAAGAAAAAAAGAAAUCUUCAAAGUCUGCCAGUGCAAGCCAUUCCAGGAAUGCAAGCAGGCAAAACCUCCUGCAGAUGAUGCAACAUUAUGGCCCACAUGUCCUUCAGAAACGUGCAGAAGUUACUGAGCCUAGAUGUCUCUACAAGCCUACUAGAACAACUUCACGGUGUGAAGCUGUACCUCCUGACUCAGGAAAGUCCGUUUGUAUUUGUGACAAUUUGUCUGAACUCUUGAUGGCAAUGCAAGAUGAGCUGGACCAAAUGAGUAUGGAGCACCAAGAACUACUGAAUCAAAUGAAGGAGACUGAAAGCCAUUCAGUCUUUGAAAACAUAGAAUGUGAACUAGAGCAUUUAGUCAAGAAAAUGGAAAUUAAAGGAGAACAAAUUUCCAAACUGAAGAAGCAUCAAGACAAUGUCCAUAAACUGCAGCAAAAAGUUCAAAACUCAAGGACAAGUGAAGCUUCGGGCAUUCAGCAAGAAGAUAGCAACCCUAACAGAUCAAAGAAUGUGAAAAAUACCCCCAGAAAAUGUUUGCCAGCUAACCCUCUUCAGAAGAACAGCAACUUUCAUCCAAUACGAGUCCAUAAUCUUCAAAUGAAAUUGAGAAGAGAUGAUAUCAUGUGGGAACAGUAACACAAUCACAAAGCUGUCACUUUAAAUGAACUCUGUCAAUGAAAUCUUGAAUUGUCUAAAGUGGUUUUAAUUUAAUACACCUUUAUGAAAUUUUGAAUUAUGUUUCUAGCCUCUAUAAAGUGUCAAGUUACAGUAUUUUUAAAUUAAUGCCUAAUGAUCUCUUAAGAGUC